AAUUGCCUCUGAAUGCCAUCCAGGUACAAUUUGAGGAAAACCAGAAGACGGCUUUUUUAAUAGAAGGCCGGCUAAUCAACUCCAUCCGAGUGAUCUGCUCCAGCUACGAAGACUUCCAAGAGUGGUUAUACUGUCUUAAAACCGCUCAGUUCCGCCAUGCAGAUUCUUCCCUCUCUGGAUCAGAGAGUUUCUCUGGGUUGAAGCCUUCUCACCUGGCACAGUUUUCAGGAAGCGGAAGAGGGUCACUCACCUCGGAGGGCAGAACGAAUUCCUGGGCUUCUGCUGGGAAGGGGGCUACGUCCACCCACCACUCCCAAACCAGUACAGCUUCUUUCUCCGAGAGACAAUCGGUCGAUGCGAUGCCGGACAAUCGGUUAGCUGAAAGCUCUCUGCCACAACCAGUUUGCUGCUCGGGAAAGCGAGGGACGGGGAUGCCGAAAGCCGAGGGGCUGAAAAGGAAGGGGAGUUCCCGAAAGUCCAAAGGGAAGGGUGUCCCGCCACCUCAGCAGCCCCAGAGCCACCGGGAGGACCCCGAGAAGAAAAGCUCUGUCCCGCUCACCUCGAAGCACCCGCGUGGAGAAGGCGUCUCCCCUGUGUACAACGAGCCGUACUCGGCGGCGGUGCAAGAGGAACAUCCUGCGGUCCGCCCGCUGCACCUGGACUUAAACAAUCUGAAACGGUGGAACGUGCCGAGAAGUCAGACCUGUCCUGCUCCCCAAACCCUGGAAAAUAUCUCUCUGUCGUCUUCCCCCAUGUAUGCUGACCCCUACACGCCCAAUUCCCCCUCCUUGCAUGGGGCUGCAGGCUCCUACUUCCUAGAGCUUGGCGGGAGGUGUCACGGACCGUCCACUGUGGAGCACCAGAAUGGCUACCCGGCCAUGCCGGUGUCGGUUCCCAUCUGCCAUCAUCCUCUGGGGUGGAAGAGCUUUCAACCUUCCUGUGGGAACCACUGGCGAGAACAAGGCCUUGCACAGACAGGCAACGCCUCUGCCCCAGCCUUUCAUUUUGUUACAGAACCUGCACCAGAUGUCCAUUACUUGACCACGAGCACCACGUCAGGAGAUGGCCUUCGGAUGCGUUCCUUACCGACAUCAGCCCCUGGUUCCUUGAAGAAACCAAUUUGA